GAGAAGGUGGGUGCGGGGGCUCAGGGGGAUGGGGGUGUGCUGCUACGUAGGGAAUACGGCAGCCUGUCCUCACUGGAGAGACAGACUCAAGCCCAGGAGCUGAACACCGACGACCAGGGGCCCCUGAGUCCAAAUGCCCUCCGCUUCAAAGACCCUUUCCUGCUUUUGGGACUGCAGGGCAACCCUCCAGAACCUGAUGGAUUCUUUCGGGGUCUGUCUGUUUCCACAGGGGACUCCCCAAAACCUGCCAAGCCGCCGAAGCCUGAAGGUCUGAGUAAGAAGACCAAACCCCCUCAGAUCCCUCAACCAGGUCCGUAUGACAACAUCGGGGGCGGAGCCUGGGUGAGGAACUUCGCCCACUACGAUGUUCAGAGCAUCCUGUUUGACCUCACCGAGGCGGCCACAAACAGAGACAGCAUUGGACGGAAAAAGAAUAUCACCUCAGGGGCUUCAGCCGCCUCCCAGCUGCGCCCCCUUUCUCAAGCCACCCCGUCCUCACCUGCGCAGGGCGGGGGAGGCAACGGACUGAAUGCAGAUGACCCUGAGCAGUCGCUGCUGCUGGACGAAGGGGAUGGCAACGAUAACGAGCUCCUGCUCAGCUGCCCCCACUUCCGAAAUGAGACAGGGGGAGAAGAGCAGGUGGGUCUGGGUCAAUCCCAGGGGAGGCAAGGACUCUGGUCGAGCCUGCGAACCCCCAACGAUGCAGUGUCGGUCCUGGAAGAGCCCAGAGAGAGUCACGUCCAACAGCAGGGCAAGAGCAACUACUUUAUAGAGCAUGCAGAUCUGGGAGCCCAUUACUACCGCAAAUAUUUCUACAUGAAAGAACACCAGAAUUUCUUUGGCAUGGACGAUCGCCUCGGUCCAGUGGCCAUCAGUUUCCGUCGAGAUGAGAAAGAAGGAUCCAGCGGAGCUCAGUACAAUUACAGAAUCAUCUUUCGCACCACAGAGAUGAAGACACUGCGAGGUUCCAUCUUGGAAGAGUCUGUGCCUUCUGCUGCUCGUCACACAACCCCUCGAGGUUUGUCUCCCAAGAGGUUGCUGGAGUUCAUCAUGCCUGAACUGAACCUGCACUGCCUUCGCUUGGCCUCAAACUCCCCCAAGGUCCGGGACACCCUGCUGAAGCUGGAUGAACAGGGGCUGAAUUUCCAGCGAAAGGUUGGGGUGAUGUACUGUCGGGCCGGGCAGAGCUCAGAGGAAGACAUGUACAACAAUGAGAGCUCCGGCCCGGCCUUUGAGGAGUUCCUGGAUCUGCUCGGGGGGCGCGUGCGGCUGAAGGGCUGGGAGAAAUACCGAGCUCAGCUGGACAACAAGACCGACUCAACUGGAACACACUCCCUCUAUACGCGCUACCAGGACUAUGAGAUUAUGUUUCAUGUGUCUACUAUGCUGCCCUACACAGCCAACAACACACAACAGUUGCUGAGGAAGCGACACAUCGGUAACGACAUCGUGACGAUCGUGUUCCAGGAGCCAGGCGCCCUACCCUUCACUCCAAAGGCAAUCCGCUCCCAUUUCCAACAUGUCUUCAUCAUCGUUCAGGUUCAUGAGCAAUGCUCUGACCACACCUAUUACAGGGUGGCUGUGACACGCUCUAAAGACAUGCCAUUGUUUGGCCCGCUGUUCCCUAAGGGCGCCCGAUUCCCUCGCUCGUCUGCCUUCAGAGACUUCCUCCUGGCGAAGGUAGUGAAUGCUGAAAAUGCUGCGGAGAAGUCCGAAAAGUUCCGCUCCAUGGCCACCCGCACACGGCAGGAAUACCUUAAGGACCUAGCCGAAAACUAUGUGACCACCACGCCCAUCGACUCCUCCACCAAGUUCCCCCUGCUCUCCCUGGGAGGCAAGCGCAAAGACAAGCUGAAGGGUGCCAAAGGGGCAGAGCUGCACAGUGCCGGGGCACUGGUGUGGGCUGUGAUGGUCAACAGCGGCGAUGAAGUGGAGGCGGGGGAGCACAGGCUUCCUUGUCUGCUCGGGGUGUCGGCUGAGUCGGUGGUGCUCAUUGAGAGGUGGACACGAAAGGUGGUGUUUAACUGCUCCUGUCGAGAUGUUAUUGGCUGGAAGGCAGUGACAGAGGCUAAGGAGGGGGGGCCCUGCUUGGAUAUCUUCUAUGAGCGUGGAGAGUCAGUGUCAAUCAGUGUGAUGGAGAGCCAGGCGGAGGAUAUACGAGAGGUGGUGCAGAGGCUAGAGCUGGUGACACGGGGCUGUGAGGCUCUCGAGGUUACCCCCCUGCGUGACGGAGUCGGGCAGCCCGGCUUCCUGAUGAACGAGGAGGGCUUUGUGACAGAGCUGCAGCGCUUCUGUUACGCUGAGAGCGGAGGCCUGCAGCUGUGGGCUCGCGUGGUGCGGCUGUGUGGACACUCGCUGGUUCACCUGAGCCCCGAGGAGAGGACCAGGCUGCUCCGUACUGCGCACAAGAUCCACAUCACUGUCAUUCCACCGGACGAGAACGGCAAGCCUCGCAGAAGUUUCUCCGAGCUGUACCAGAAAGCCAUCAAGGAUGCGGAGUGUAAACCCGGUGAGGCUCAGUCUGGAGUGGCCUGGGUACUCGACGAGAGGGAAGAAGAGGAGGAUGAGGAGGAAAAGAAGGAGGAGGAGGAGGAGGAGGAGAGGAAGGAGGAAGAAGCGAAGGAAGACGAGCUGAAGGCGAGUGGGGUCAAUGAAGCGGACAUGACGGAGGUGCAGGUGGAAGCCGAAGAGGGCGAAGGACAGUUGUGUGAUGAAGGGCAAAUUGAGAGUAGCCAUGGCUCGCUCCUCACGCCACCCAGCUUACCUUUGUUACGGGCCACUUCUCUGCAGGACCAACCAGCCAAUCAGAGCCAGGAGGACAGCGGCUCGCAGCUCACACGCAGCUGCUCUUUGGAGAAACAGCUGUUCUUCAGGGAUACAUGUGAUGGACACGUGUACGACAACGUGGGGCUGAAGGGGGAACGCCACAUCUAUGAGAACGUCGGCGAGCUGAGAGACGCCACACCUGAUCUGAUCCUGGCCGUCAAACCCAAGGUUCCCCUAGAGGACGAACAGUUCAUGGGCGCUGAGUUUGGUGAUGACAAAGCUUCGGUGAGUGACUCGUCUUCCCGGUUGUCAUGUUUAGACCGAGCUGAAAGAAAUUCACGAGCCCUAAGUCUUCAUAACUCCAUCACCAAGAUUCUCUCAGAGACGACAGAUUCAACUGAGGAGGAGUGGCAGUCCAUCGCUGACCUGGCCACAGCCUGCCGCAGCAUCUUGGAGGCUUUGUCACGAGAGGACCGUAAAGCCGGAGACCCCUCGCAAGCAGGAGCUGACCAGACAGACGGCAAGCUGAAAGACUCAAAGGAAAAUGACUCUCCAGGCCACCUAGAAGAGAAGGUGUCGCAGCUGGAGUCCAUGCUGAAGAGGCUGCAGGAUGACCUGCAAAAGGAGAAGGAGGACAAGGCGGUGCUGCAGGCCGAGGUGCAGAGCCUCAGGCAGAACAACCAGCGGCUGCAGGAGGAGUCGCAGAGCACAGUGGCUCGCCUCAUCAAAGUCACAGAGCUGCUGUGCAACGUCAACAAGCCCUGUUAGCUUCACUACUGCACGGGCAAAACACACACAUCGGCAGAAAGAUGCUAAUCAUACAACGUGCUUAUACGCGCAGUACACUUAUUUUGCCUGUAGGCUACAUAUUUGCAAAGGCAGACACACACACACACGCAUCCCCUUCAAUCUGUGUAUCACCACAGUCUCCAUCCUGAAUCCUGGACCGGCCUGUUGGUGAGGCAGUAUGCAAAUAACCCAUACAAAAGAAAGAAAUGACAUUUCCAACAUCCCAUGACCUUCAUAGACUGACCAGUAUGCAGCUUUCAGGCUGCUGCAUUUGUGUUCUAUGCCAGAGUGCUUCUCUCGGUGUGUAUGAUACAGUAUGUGCGGGGAUGUGUGCCGCAUGUGUGCGUGCGUGCAUCUUACUUUACUUUGCUUCAAAUACUUGACAAGCUGAGCUGAAUAGCACAUGCAUAAAAAGUGGCAAUUAAGACUGAGA